UCUGUAAGAGCCAGCAUGCGGGACCGGCUUUACAAGGUUUCGAUCUGCAUGGGAGACGAUGGCGCGAUGCAGAGCGCUGUCUGUGAUUGUGCACGGGGGAUGUACAAAUGCAGCCACGCUGCAGCAUUGGCAAUAUUUGCCAUGUGGCAGAUCAGCUCCACAGAUGUUGAGUGCCAGUGGAGGAAGCCUGGCACUUCCAAAGUAGUCCAGCCGGUGUCUCAACUCUAUCAACAGCAAGAGGAGACAUACAACCCACUGGCCAGAGACAUCGCCACUCAGGAUGUAGACUGGUUCAGGUCUGCACUGAGGGGCACACAGUGUGGCAUGGCAUGGCUUUUAUCACCUGAGCCAGAGCCGCAGCCUCAACAUCAGGCCAUUGUCACCGUGCCGGAGCUGGUGAAGGAGCAUGGGGGUCGGGGGCUUGAGGCAAUUCUUGCCUCAAGCCACCGUAGGACAGCGGACAAAUCCCCAGUGGCAGUUACACAGACAGGGCAGGUUGACAGCCAGCAAUUUUGGUGCUGUGCUGAGGUCGGGACUUUCAUCCACUCCAUGCGCGUCCCUCAUGAAGAGGGUGCUUGGGGGUUACAAUUUAGACGGAGUCAUGGCUGUCAACUGGGGAGUUGUAAAUGAGGCCGAAGGGGUGAAGGCUUUUGUGCAGGCCUAUCGGGUGACAGUGAUCGACGCUGGUCUCUUUGUGAGUGAGUCGGGUGUUUUGGGAGCAUCACCCGAUGGACUUGUGCAGCCAUCUGCCCUGCUGGAGGUGAAGUGUCCACACAGCCAGA